AGAAACACAAGAAAAGAUAAAGACUUUAWUGCAAUGAAGAUGUUGAAAAACAGAUUAACGAUUACCGUAUUGCUUCUAGCACUCGGGACGAACUUUUUCGCUUUUGCCUCUUCGCCGCAGCUGCGAUCACCGAAUCGCGAGCAACGAACGCUAGCAGCAAGUCUGUCAACGAUACCCCAGGAUCAGUAUCAWCGAACACUUAAGGGUCCUCGCGGUGGUUCGGGGAGCAGCUCCUCUUCGUCAUCAAGUGGUGGCAGUGGCGGCGGCGGUGGUGGCAGUGGCAGUGGCGGCAGCGGCAGUGGAGGUUCGGGAGAAGACGAGAUUUCGUCAGCUGAAGACGGCAGUUGGGGGAACAGCACGGACACCGGAGAAACCGAGUCAUUCGUUGCAGCGUCAGCAAUAUCUGGCGUCAAUGGCCGGAGUGCCAAUGACAUAAUGACGAAUCUUUUCGACAACGAUAGACCCGCGGCAUCUAUUAUCGUCGCAGCAGUUGGAGGCUUGUUGUGUAURGUUUUUCUGCUUUCUGCAAUGGCCAUUUUGUCUUUCAAGAUCUUAACAAGUUGUAGAAGUGACGUCGAGGAUGACAUAUACACAACAAACAACAAGACCGAGCAACUUAUGAAAGAAUCUCUCGAAAAAUAAUACUUCGUACUUGAAGAGAAGGAUGAUGAAUURUGAAACGAGGGGAUCAUUCAGUCGUAUCWGUAUACGAUGAUUCAUUGUUCCUUCAAUUGUUGACUCUGGGUGUCUCUCAAUGAUUGAAUAGUUUAUAUGUAAUAGAGAGAUGCGGUAAUAAAAAUUAGAAAUUUAA